AUGGGAGUUAACAAGAAGAAACGACCCAAGCUCAAUCUGACUGCUGGCCGGCCGCCAACUGUCCAGAAACCACCAAAGUCCAUCUCACGGAAAGCAACCAGGACGCUCAUCAACCAGAUCCACACCCUGGAGAAGAGGAGAAAGCAAGCGGCUCAAAAAGGCGAUGUAGCUGCAGAAGCUGCCAUAGCCUCCGAAAUAGCCUCUCUAGGCGGUAUCAAGAAGUACCAGCAGGCAAGCCUCCAGGGCCAGAGGAACGACCGCGGGGGAGACAGUUCCAAGAUCUUGCUGGACUGGCUGAAGCCCGUCGAAUCCAGGCUUCAGGCCCUGGCAGAUUCGGACCCCUCAAGCCGUCUACGCAUGCUGGAAGUCGGUGCCCUGAGCACGACGAAUGCGUGCUCCCUUAGUGGUCUUUUCGACAUCGUCCGCAUUGAUCUGAACAGCCAGGCCGAGGGCAUCUUACAACAGGACUUUAUGGAGCGACCCCUGCCCGAGAACGAUUCCGAACGGUUCGAUAUCAUCAGCCUGUCAUUGGUGCUCAAUUUCGUUCCUGAGGCCGGUGGCAGAGGUGACAUGCUUCUCCGCACUCUCGAGUUCCUUCACCCGCCGUCACGCUUCAGAGACGGGACGAAUGCAGGGCUGAAACGGUACUUCCCAAGUCUCUUCCUCGUCCUACCUGCACCCUGUGUCUCGAACUCGCGCUACCUGGAUGGGGAGAAACUCAAUGCCAUCAUGUCAUCCCUUGGCUACCAGGUCACGGAAUCCAAGACUACCCAGAAACUUGUCUACUAUCUUUGGACGCGGGUUGUCGAUAGCCCCCCGCUCCUGCGGACAGGCGCAUCCUUCACCAAGAAGGAGCUACGCUCGGGUGCGACACGCAAUAACUUCGCCAUCGUUCUCAAAUCCCGACCUGAAUGA